CCCACCUUUCUCAGAGUGAAACCGAAAGCGUUCGUGUCGAGUGAAGAAACGCCAUUUUGAAGGAUUGAAGAACAAAAGUUUCCUUCGUGUGACACGAUUUGUGCAGUCCUAGUCUUACUAGUCAAGCUAAAAGUUUUCAGGUAGGUGUAUAGGCAAGUUGGCAGCACCGUGGCCCUCCAGAACACCUCACAGAAUACAGUUGUGGGGCCUGAAAUCAAGUGUCUAAUAUAAUAGGAGGAGAAAUAGAAAAGCCAAUCAAAGUAGUCAUUAAGGAUGGAAAGGGAAGCUAAACAUUCAAUUGAAAUGAGUGUGUUUGAAGAGAGAGAGGGGGAGGCUUCCAUUCAGACUGUGAGAGCAGUUUCUCCGUUAUCUAGCUGUGUGUCUAUGAAGAGUGAUCACUCCAUGGGUCUCCCCCCUGAUCUCAGUGAUGGAGCUGUUAACGCUGUCAGCAAGAGAAAGAAAGAGUCUUCUCCAUUAUCUAGCUGUGUGUCUAUGAAGAGUGACCACUCCAUGGGUCUCCCCCCUGAUCUCAGUGAUGGAGCUGUUAACGCUGUCCGCAAGAGAAAGAAAAAGUCUUCUCCAUUAUCUAGCUGUGUGUCUAUGAAGAGUGACCACUCCAUGGGUCUCCCCCCUGAUCUCAGUGAUGGAGCUGUCAACUCUGUCAGCAAGAGAAAGAAAGAGUCUUCUCCAUUAUCUAGCUGUGUGUCUAUGAAGAGUGACCACUCCAUGGGUCUCCCCCCUGAUCUCAGUGAUGGAGCUGUCAACUCUGACUCUGUAUAUUCCUACUAUCAGAAUCACAUCAGUCAUUAUAAAACAGAGGCAAACCUGCUGAAUGAUUCUUACCAACCAGUGCCUGAUAAUCUCCAGAGAGUCAAAGAGCAGCACAGAUUCAUUAUGAAGAUCAAGUACGAGAGCUUAUUUGAGGGAGUGAAACUCCAGCAGAAUCAAACCCUCCUGAACAGUAUUUACACACAGCUGUACAUCAUAGAGGGAGAGAGUGAAGGAGUGAAUGAAGAACAUGAGGUGCUGCAGAUGGAGAAGAGAUACAAGACUCUCCAAGACACUCCAAUCAACUGCAAUGACAUCUUUAACCCUUCAGCUGAAGCAGGAGAUGAGGAGAAGAGCAGAGAGGAGAAAGAGCAGAUCAAGACUGUUCUCACUAAAGGCAUCGCUGGAAUUGGAAAAACCGUCUCUGUGCAGAAGUUCAUUCUGGACUGGGCCGAGGGAAAAGCCAAUCAGGAUGUAGAUUUCAUCUUUGUGCUUCCAUUUCGAGAGCUGAACUUGAUUAAAGAUCAUCAGUACAGUCUUCACACACUUCUGCUGGACUUUCAUCCUGAACUUCAGCAUCUGGACUCACAGAUUUAUGAGGAGUGUAAAGUCGUGUUCAUCUUUGAUGGUCUAGAUGAAAGCAGAAUCACACUGAUGUUUUCAGACUGUCAGAAAGUUUCUGAUGUGACUGAAGCUUCAUCAGUGAGUGUGUUGAUGUCAAACCUCAUGAAAGGAGAUCUGCUUCCCUCCGCUCUCAUCUGGAUCACCAGCAGACCAGCAGCAGCCAAUCAGAUCCCCUCAAAACACAUCAGCCUCGUGACGGAGAUUCAGGGCUUCAAUGACCCUCAGAAGGAGGAAUAUUUCAGGAAGAGAAUCAGAGAUGAAGAUCAAGCCAGCAGAAUCAUCUCCCACAUCAGAAGAGCAAGAAGCCUCCACAUCAUGUGCCACAUACCCGUCUUCUGCUGGAUCUCAGCCACUGUGCUUCAAACCAUCCUGAAAGAAGAUCUGAGUGCAGAAAUCCCUCAAACUCUGACUGAGAUGUACAUCCACUUCCUCCUCAUUCAGACACACAUGAGGAAGCAGAAGUAUGAAGAGAGAGAUCCAGAGAAACUCCUGCGGUCCAACAGAGACGUGAUUGUGAAACUUGCUGAACUGGCUUUCAAUCAGCUAAUGAAGGGCAAUGUGAUGUUCUACGAGGAGGACCUGAUUGAGAGCGGGAUAGACGUCGCUGACGCCUCAGUGUAUUCUGGGAUCUGCACUGAGAUCUUCAGAGAGGAAUCUGUGAUUAAUCAGAGGAAGGUUUACAGCUUUGUUCAUCUGAGCUUUCAGGAGUGUUUUGCAGCACUGUAUGUGUUUUACUACUAUUUACACAACAACACUGAGGUGAUGAAGAUGUUCCUGACAGGACAAUACAGAACUCAGAGUGAGAAAGUUCCUCUGGAUGUGCUUCUGAAGGAAGCAGUAAAUAAAGCCUUGGAGAGUAAAACUGGACACCUGGAUCUGUUCCUGCGAUUUCUUCAUGGCGUCUCACUGGAGUCCAAUCAGAGACUCUUACAGGAUCUGCUGAAACACACAGAGAACGACCCAGAGAUCAUCAAGAAAAUAAUCCACAACCUCAAACGAGGACAGAAAAACAACAUCAGUCCUGAAAGAUGGAUUAAUCUCUCCUACUGUUUGAUUGAGAUGAAGGACAAUUCUCUUGUGGAAGAAGUGCAAUUGUUGUUAAAAUCUAAAGCAAAAAGUAAAAUUCUUUCUCUUGCACAAUGUUCAACUUUGGCAAACAUGAUCCUGAUGUCGGAUGAAGUGCUGGAUGAGCUAGUCAUUAAAAAGUACAACAUCAAAUCAAGAGAAGGCCGAUGGAGAUUGAUACCUGCUGUGAGAAACUGCAGAAGAGCUCUAUUGGCACGAUGUUAUCUUGCAGAUCAACACUGUGAAACUGUGGCUUCAGCUCUACAAUCAUCAAACUCCCCCCUGAGAGAGCUGGACCUGAGUCACAAUAAACUGCAGGAUUCAGGAGUGAAGCUGAUCUGUGCUGGACUGAAGAGCCCAAACUGUCAACUCAACAUUCUGAGACUGGCAAAAUGCAACCUCACUGAUGAGUGCUGUGAAACUGUGGCUUCAUUUCUACAAUCAUCAAACUGUGUCCUGAAAGAGCUGGACCUACGCAACAAUCGUCUGCAGGAUUCAGGAGUGAAGCUGAUUUUUACUGCAUUAAAGAGUGAGAACUGUCAACUCAACACACUGAGAUUGUCAGACUGUAACCUCACUGAUCAGUGCUGUGAAACUGUGGCUUCAUCUCUACAAUCAUCAAACUGCCCCCUGAGAGAGCUGGACCUGAACAAUAAUUCUCUGCAGGAUUCAGGAGUGAAGCUGAUUUUUACUGCAAUAAAGAGUGAGAACUGUCAACUCAACACACUGAGAUUGUCAGGCUGUAAUCUCACUGAUCAGUGCUGUGAAACUGUGGCUUCCUCUCUACAAUCAUCAAACUGCCCCCUGAGAGAGCUGGACCUGAGUAACAAUGAGCUGCAGGAUUCAGGAGUGAAGCUGAUCUGUGCUGGACUGAAGAGUCUAAACUGUCAACUCAAUAUACUGAGUGUGGAUCAUGGAGGAGAAUUCAGGACUGUAUCAACACUACACAAAUACGCCUGUGAACUCACACUGGAUCCAAACACAGCGCACACACACACCUCGCUCUGUCUGAGGAGAACAGAAAGGCGACGCGUGUGAAGGAGAGUCAGUCUUAUCCUCGUCAUCCAGACAGAUUUGAUGUGUAUUGUCAGGUUGUGAGUAAAGAGAGUCUGACUGGACGCUGUUACUGGGAGACUCAGUGGAGCGGAGAUAAAGCUGGAAUAUCAGUGUGUUAUAAAGG